UUGUAAUGUGGGAAUGGGCUGGACUACAAGUCCAGCGCCCUAAAGAAAUGCUGAAUUAGGGUUUUUGGGGUUAUUUAACAAUUGCCAGGCUGCUUCUAUUAGGCGGCAAACAUAGAGUUUCUAAGCUACACUACACAGUCGGGGAAGCAAUGGAUUCGUUCUCAAAUCAAUCGAGAGGGUCGUCGAGCCAAUUAUCUGCUCAGGAUCUCAAAAACCAGUUGAAGAACCAACUUGCCAUUGAGUAUGCUCAACAAUUUCUUGAGACAGUGGGAAGAAAGUGUUUUGAGAAGUGUGUUACAAAACCAGGUUCAAGCCUCGGUGGGAGUGAAAGCAGUUGCAUCUCUAGGUGCGUAGAUCGAUAUAUUGAAGCCACAGGCAUAAUUAGCAAAGCGUUAUUUAGUUCACAAUGAAAUGGACAACCCCAGUAAAUCUUGUUUUUGCUCAACAUUGAGUACUAAUUUAUAGACAUUGGAGAUUAUGUGUUCUCCGGGUUUUUUCUUCCCCUUUUUCUAUUUCCCAUUACAAUAGACAAUUAUGCAAUUAUUUUUCAUUAUACAACUAGUGUAUGUCCCGUGAUUCACGUUUAUUUCCAACUCUCUGUUUCCUUAAAUGAAUUUAUGUUCUAAUAAGAAGCCCCAGGGCUAGGAGGGAAUUGGCUAUUUA